AUGCCCACUUCGGCAUCGCUGAUGGAUAGCUCAGUGCUCAGCAGUCUGUCUUCCGUCACCUCUUCCCUGACAUCUGAGGCGUCGUCAAACUCUGGAUCAAUAUCAUCGUCAUCAGAUUCAUCAAUCUCUGGGACCUCAAGCUCUGGAUCAACAUCGUCGAUGUUAGCUUCAUCGACUUCUGCAUCUUCCCAAAUGGCGUCGACACAUGUGUCCCAAGAGCCCACCACAUCAUCGCAGAUAGUAUCUAACUCUGGCAACACAUCUCCAGGGCUCACGUCUUCCGUUUCACCAACUCAGCAAACAGCGCCUUCGACAACCGUUUCCAGUGCCAGUCCGACAUCAUCUCACGACCUAGCAUAUCUAGGAUUUCUUGGGGCUCCACUCGCGGCUGGAAUUCCUUAUGCGGUCAAAAAAGUGAUCGAUAAUUGGAAAACUCCGAAAUUCAAUCUCCCAAAAAUCAGACUUCCGAGUGUUAAGAUUCCAAAUUUCAAGCUUCCAAGUUUCAAGACUACUCCAGGAGAGGACGGGCCGAGAAGAUUUAAGCCUUCAGAUAUCAAAACCCCACACAGGGUGGACCCUACGGAUGAGAACCCUUCAGAAGACAAACCCCCAGGGCAGUCUCCAGAUGAAUCCCCAGAAGAGACUCCAGAGGACAAGGUUCCGGAUGCCAAGACCCCAGAAGAUCCUCCACGACCUCCCUCACCCAUGGAUGGUAAGCCUUUCACUGAUGACGGACCCCCAUCCCCCAUGGAGAAAGAUCCGCCCGCAAGAUUUCCUCGCCCUAAACAACCACCUAAAGGUCUGAGGCCCUUGAAUGAGAUUAGCGGAGGUAAAGCUCAGUUUGAACAGGGAAUGGAAGACCCCAAUUUCUUCAAACCAGACCCCACAGACGCAGAGCCGGGAACCACGGGAGGAGAUGCAGAAUCAGCGGGAAAGAAUGGGGACUCAGCGGGAGAAGAUGCAGAUACAACUGGAGAAGAUGGGGACUCAGCGGGAGAAGAUGCAGAUACAACUGGAGAAGAUGGGGACUCAGCGGGAGAAGAUGCAGGUACAACUGGAGAAGAUGGGGACUCAGCGGGAGAAGAUGCAGGUACCUGGAGAAGAUGGGACCAGGGAGACAGGAAAAGAUGCAGAGACUCCCAAACAACCACCUCAAGCCCCUAA